AUGGGUGCAAAUGGGGUAUCGUCUCUUCUUGAUAUUCUUUCGUUCUCAGUAUGCGAUCCGGGCGAGGCAAUCAUGCUGGCAACUCCGAACUACGGCAUGUUCAAACACGACAUGCAAUCACGAAAUGGUAUAAGAUUUGUUGAUGUUGAAUGUGAUCUAGAGAAUAAGUAUUUUGACAGAUUCAAUGCUUCAAGCGCAGAUGCGCUCGUCAAAAAAUACGAAGUCGCCUAUAUGAAAGCUUGCGAGGACGGGAUUCGCAUACGUGCUAUUCUUAUAUGCAAUCCGUGCAACCCUCUAGGGAGAUGCUAUUCUCGACACACGCUGGAAAAGCUGGCACAGUUUUGCGGUCGGCGGGGACUUCACCUCAUAUCUGAUGAGAUCUACGCCUUAUCAGCCAUUCACGCCGAUGCUAAAAGUUCAAAUCGGGCAUCAAAGAUGGAAAGUUUCACUUCAGCUCUCAGUAUCGGUAUCGCAGGAAUUGACCCAACAAUGGUCCAUGUUUUAUACGGCUGCUCAAAAGACUUUGGACUCAGUGCCUUGAGACUAGGCUUCUUGAUCACACAGAAUGCUAUUCUCAAAGAGUCUUGCCGCAGAAUCUCGGUAUCAACCUGGGUAACAUCGUUCUCCGAUCGGAUCUUCACUGCUUUCUUGCAUGAUCGUGAUUUCCACUCCUCAUAUAUACGGCGGUAUCAGAUCAAAUUGAGCGAAGCACAUACACGCACCACCACGUUCCUUAAGGAGCACAAGAUCCCAUUUUCACCUUCUAAUGCAGGCUUGUUUGUUUGGAUUGAUCUUAGUUCUUGGCUCAAAUACUUCCAAGAGCCUAGUAACAAUGCAAAUGGAGGAGAUGGUUCGCCAGAGAUGCAGCUGACAAGAUACCUUAUGAAACAUGGGGUAUACCUCAACCCGUCAGAGGACUUGGGCGACUUGUACAAAGUCUGA